AAAAUGAAACUUUCCCAGGACGAUGUUUAUAUUUUAGACUUUACCACCUAUGAAGAAUAUCUCAAAAGUCUAAUUAGUACUCAGGACAUUCGUUAUCUUGGACAUAAAUUGAAUGGCCUACGUCUACACAAGACCGGAUAUCGAGCACUAACAAAAGAUGCUUUCGAGAGUAAACGGAGGGAAAUCGCCGAGUAUGUGCACGCAUCUCAGGACCCCAGUUCGUAUUAUAGUAGAGGUUUAGUGCUAAUUGAUCCGAUACUCCACGCGCUGGUUGAGAGAGAGCGAGGAAAUAGAGUCGGAAUGAUCUCGACGAUCAUUUUUGUAAGAUACAUGAGAAACAAUGCAGAAAUCUCCGGAUACAUCGACUACGAGCACGCCCUGACUCGGGUGAACGUCGACAAACAAUACGGGCUAGAUUGGAAGGCUAUAUUUCAAGGUGAAGAAAUUAUUCGUCCCUCGAAAUUCGAUUUAUCGUACUACAACGCUCUGGUGGACAAAACUACCACCCGUAACUCACCCAACUACCGGAUUCUGUACGAUAAAGAAAUUAUUUUCCAGAAUCUAUACGAUCGCAAAUAUAUCUACCCAGACCCACUGGGAAGUUAUUACGGAACCAACACGACAAGAACGGACUUCGAAAGUGAUGUUUAUGAACAGUUUGCAUUGUACGAUCACGUUAUAGUGAAAAAUUUCUGAACUGUAAUAAAAU